UGUCAUAAUUAAAAAAGAAUAGUCAUCAUGAUCGGAUCAUCAAGGUGAUCAACGGCUCAGAUUCAUUCAAACCAGACGACACAAAACAUCGCCUUCUCUCUCUCUCCUCUCUCCCGGAGACAGUUAACGUGAUUCUCUCACUCUCCUCUUCGCCCAAGAGCUAAACGACAAACCAGAGAAGCACGAGCGAGAGCUAGUGAGUGCCAGCGAUUACCUACGACCAUGAGAGCUUGAAAGACAGAGAGAGAGAAGAGAGUGUGUGUGUGUGUGAAUCGCAAGUUUUUCACCGUGGAGAGAUGAUGAAACCUAGCGGAGGAGGUGAGAAACCGGCGAUGGAGACGGAUGUAGAAGGUUCGGCGUUAGUAAUCGUCGGUGUGAAUCCCGACGAAUGGAGCAGAGAGGUGCUUACGUGGUCUCUGGUGAAUGUAGCGCGUCCUGGAGAUCGAAUCAUUGCUCUUCACGUCCUCGACUACUCUCUCGAAGGCUCAACGUCGCUUAUAUCGCUGGUUAAGACCUUCGACACUAUGCUUGGUGUAUACGAAAGCUUCUGCAACUUAAAACAGGUAGAUUUAAAGUUGAAGUUUUUAAGAGGGAAGUCAGCUAGGAAAGUUCUUGUACAGGAAGUGAAAUCGUGUGGAGCGACGAGUUUGAUCGUUGGUUCUUCUAAGAGACAUCACACGAUCCGUUCAUCAGCUUCCUUAGCUAAGUACUGUGCUAGGAAUCUCACCAAGGAUGUCUCAGUUUUUGCUGUUAAGAGUGGCAAAAUCAUGUUCCGCAGAGUACCUAAUAACAAUGAUGGUAAUCUUCCCUCUUUAGUCGUCUGUGGAUCACCCAACAUUGCUAUUGAAACUGCAAAGAUUGGAAACACUUUUAGCCCUGCAAGGACGAGAACUAGCCGCACUUCAUCUUUACAUCCUGAGAGUUUAGGUGUAGACAACUCAUUGGCUUUGGUGCCAGUACAAACAAACGAGACCGAUUCAGGUACCUCUGAGUCAGGACCAAGUUGGCAUUUUCUUCGGGGGCUUUACAGUAAACGAAAUAGCUGGACCAAAGUGUCUGCUAAGAAGGCAGUACUUCAGUGGGUUUCGAAGCUCCGGGGCCGGGACUCAGCAGCUGUAGCUUAUCUGGAUAGUAAACGGAGUGACUCUGGCUGUGAUGAAGAUUGCUCUUCUAGCAUCGAUGGUUCUGAGCUUGCGCAGUCUCCUCGUUCUCCCUGCAUUGGAUCAAACAACGUUCCGGAAGAGCUGGAGGGUCUACAUGAAAAAUACUCUUCCACGUGUAGAUUAUUCACGUACGAUGAAGUUUUGUCGAUUACCUCAAACUUUGCGUCUGAGAACUUGAUUGGAGAAGGUGGUAAUAGCUAUGUUUACAGAGGAGACCUACCAGAUGGAAGGGAGCUAGCUGUCAAAUUAUUGAAGCCUUGUCUUGACGUGUUGAAAGAAUUCAAACUGGAGAUUGAAGUCAUUACAAGUGUAAAUCACAAGAACAUAGUUUCUCUCUUUGGUUUCUGCUUUGAGAAUAAUAAUUUGAUGCUGGUGUAUGACUAUCUACCACGAGGAAGCCUCGAAGAAAACCUUCACGGUAAUAGAAAGGAUGCAGCAAGUUUUGGCUGGCUGGAGAGAUAUAGAGUAGCCGUUGGUGUUGCUGAGGCGUUAGACUAUCUACAUAAUACUCAUGAUCCAGGAGUGAUUCACCGUGAUGUGAAGUCUUCUAAUGUUCUUCUGGCAGAUGAUUUUGAGCCGCAGCUCUCGGAUUUCGGAUUCGCUAGCCUGGCUUCAAGUGCUUCACAGCAUGUGUCGUGUGGGGAUAUUGCCGGAACAUUUGGUUACCUAGCACCAGAGUACUUUAUGCACGGUAAAGUAACCGACAAGAUUGAUGUCUAUGCUUUUGGUGUUGUAUUGCUCGAGCUCCUAUCUGGUAGAAGACCAAUCUGCGUAGACCAGACCAAAGGUCAGGAGAGCCUUGUCUUGUGGGCAAACCCAAUUCUAGAGAGCGGAAAGUUUGCUCAGUUACUGGAUCCAAGCCUAGAAACUGAUAACAGUAACGAUGAUCUAAUCGAGAAACUGUUGUUAGCUGCCACACUAUGCGUCAAACGCGCACCUCAUGACCGUCCACAAAUGAGCCUCGUGGUAAAGAUGCUGCAAGGAGACGAAGAAGCAACAGAAUGGGGAAAGCAGCAAGUAAGAGCUUCAGAAGAUGCAACGGCGUACAUGACGAACAUAGAGUCACAUAUAAACCUAGCGUUGCUUGACUUGGAAGACGAUGCAGCUUCUGAUAGUAGUCCUGAAGCUAGUAGUAUCUCCGUUGAGGAUUACUUGAAAGGUCGAUGGAGCCGCACUGCUAGUUUCAACUUCAACUAGUAUAGUACUUUUACUAGUUUUAACUGUAAAUUGGAAUCAGACGUUCUGGUGAGAUUUUCAAGCUUUUAGGAUGUGUUCUAUUAAGGUGUGACGUUAAUAUGGUCUCACUAUCAUAUGUAAGCGGUUCGGUUUGGUCGAAGAUUCGGUUUGCAUAGAUAUUGUAAUUUUUGUUUUGCUUUGAAAACAGUAUAUAGUAAUACAUUAUAUCUCCUAGAAAAUAUGAAGAGAAAUUAUUAUUAUAUAUAAAAUUAUGUUUGCUCUCCAGCUAA